AUGAGGGCUCGCCUCAAGACUUCCUCACCUCCUGUCGGUUCGUUCUUUCUUGGGCUCCUUGUUUGUGAUACGGAAUAGGGAUCCAGAAUCUUUUGAGUUGGAAAAAAACAGCAAGAAAGGUCAUUUCAAUUUAGAAGAGGAUUUGACCGAAAAGGCCAGAAAAAUGUGAUGUACCAAGUAAAGUUCCGGAAAAUCUCAACUUGCGAAACCUCAGUUUUUAAAAAAGUUUCGACUGGCUUCCCCCUGGGUUAUUUCAAUUUCUCUGGGAUUUUCAAUUGGAAAACCUGAUGAUUGAGAUCUUCAUGCCCAGCCAAAAAGAAAUAUAAAAGUCGUUUUGAAAAACUAAAAAAAAAACAAAAUCUGUCCGAGGGCUUCUUCUCGCUGCAUAUUCCAGAAUGUAGAGACAUUAUCUUUUUAUCACUAAAUUUAAGAUUAGUAAGGAAUAUGGAAAAAGUAGGCAAACUUAUUAUUUAUGGAAGGAUUGAUCAUUUUUGGUGUCCUAAUGAAGGACGGAGUUGAUCAAAGUCUUGGAUGUUUAAAAGCUUGCCUAGUAAGCUGGAUGAGAAAACUAAAUGUAGAUUUAAAUGAAUGUAAAUGUAAAAGUAAAUGAAAACGGUUGGAACCUAUUUUGCGCUAUUUUUUGUCAACGUACAUACUGCUAGACACAUCAGGAAAUUUUUCAUGAAACGGGUUUCAUUCUCAGAAAGUCAUAUUUAAAAUCCAAGAUCAUUCUUAAUGGAAUUUUUCAACUAUAACCUUUGCGCUGUGUCCAAAGCCUCGACACAUCGCUCAAAAAAUAAGUAGCUAUAAUAAUAAAAGACAGAAGUGCAGUAAACAACCAGUAACGGGAAUUAUUCCACCCUCACGAGAAGACUUUGACGCGGAUGAAGAAAAGAAUUAGAAUCGGGAAGGUGUUGAGCCGAAGAAGGCAGAAUUUGGGAGAUUAUAAAGUUUUUUUCCCGUAGAGAAUCAGUGGAGACGUUAAAAUAUUUUCUGAAGGUCAAUUUAUUUUAUAAUAGUUUUAGAAAAAAAGAAAAAAAGAAAAAAAUAACUUGUUUUCAGAGAAAUACAGAAUAAAAAAACUUUCGUUGUCAAUUUUUUUCAAGACAUUUAUUUCAGUAACGACAAUCAUCCUGCUCUUUGGGAUUAUCUGGAUUCACACCAUUCCGACAUUCGCUCAAUUCCGUCAGUUAUCACCCAAUUGUUUUUGUUAUAUUCAGCUUUUUUCAGAAUGUUGCAACACGCCUGUUUUUGGGAUUGAGGAUGACAGUUGCGGUACAGCAGGGUGCCUGGACUGCACAACAAGCGAAUUCAUCGUCAAGAAGCAGCCAGUAGACGCGGGCAACGCCUUUGGAGCAUCGGGAACUUUGCAAUCGGCUUCGCGAAUAGUCUUAGAAGACAAUCCGGGACAAGCACGCUUCCAAAAGUUGAAGUCUUUAUUUCUCAACGCCAGCGAUUACAAACUCUUCCCAGGUAACUUUUUACCAAAAAUUUUCCCGAAUUUUUUUGUAAUUUUCAAUAAAAAAAGCUCAACAAAAACUUUACAUGCAAAAACUAUUGCGAGGUUAAAACGUUUUUUUUUUCCAGAGCCACUGAUCCGCAUCCGAAACUCUGAAGUUGCUGAUAAUGCGUUCAGUCUUCUGACGAACAUAACCAUCUUUCCGCUCGAACCUUAUUGCCAGAAAGGAACGAUUUUCGAUAUCGACAACAUGAAAAAGAAGCCAUGGGAUCGGUUGAGAAAGUUGGAAAAGGUUACAUUUUCAAAUAAUAAGCUUGAGCAAAAAAAAAAACCAGCACUUCUUCAUUUAGAAGCUUCUAUCUUUUUGUCCUCCAAAAAACUCUGAGAGUCAAGAUAAAUGUCCGCUUUCGAGGUCUCACUCGACGUCGGGACCGGCUUGUCCAGAGAAGAAUGGUGAGUGUGGGAUAUAGGAAAUCACCACGAAGGAGGAUUGAAAUCUGAUGAGUAAAGGGAAUCAGUUGAAAGAAUGAAACCAAGAAAGGAUGAAUUUUUUUUUGUGAUUGAAGGCGUGAAACUGAAAAUUUGAUCUUAUUCCAAAUUCCGGUUUUUUCAACAGAAACCUUCUUUUCUUCAACCCAACUCGAAAAAAAAACUGCUUAAGAAAGAAUAUAGAAAUUUGCCUGUACAAUAACUUAAAAAAAAUAUCCAACCGACUUCGACUACUUUUAAUCGAGCUUUUAUGUAGGGUUUCCAUUCAUGGCGAUAGCAAUAACUUCGCUAUUUUGGACAAUACUUUUUGGCAUCAUUCACGCCACAAUGUUUAUAAUACGGAAAACAAAGGAGUCGACGUCUGAAACGUCCAACAACAAGACUGGAAACGCUGAGAAAAGCAAGGCCUGA